AUGUCAGCAACCGCUGCGCUGGCGAGGACCAGGACUCAUAACAACUCCGAACUGCGUCAACCGCAGGAGGGAUCGCAAAGACUAACCCCAACAACCCUAUUAUGGCUUCCGUGGACAACAUGGCUGCGAGUGUUUACGGGAAAUUUAGAUUAG